GUUUGAUUUUAAGUUUCGCUUUUAUUUAUUUUUUUUACGUAUGUGAACAGACACAUUUUUACCACUUUUAUAAUAAAAAGAUUCUCGAAAGGUUCCAGAAAAUAUUGCUUCCAUUAACUUCAGCUAUAUUACUUUUAUUUAUUCAUAUCGUGAAUAACACCGAGAAAUUUUGUACUUUAGAGAUUCGUCUUCACAUUUAUUACCACAGUUAACCAGUCCUCAGAGACAAUAACCAAGCCAAAUGACUUCAUUUAUUAGCAAGUUCCAGUAUAUACAUGAUCAUCAGCAUAUUCCCAGCACAACCAGUGAUUAAACACCCUGAGAAUGUGUUUUAGGGUCCGUAGUAUCUGCUGCUUGUGAUGUCUGAUUUAGGAAACCCAAGUGCGCUUGCAUGCCGUGUGUGUGUGUGUAUGUGUGUGUGUGUGCACUGCAGUGAAUGUGUGUUUGUGUGUUAAGUCUCUCUUUAAGACUCCUGCAGGGUAGAUGGAGAGCUGCAGCUCUUUGGACACGCCCCCCUCGCCUCUGAUUGGCCGCAGACUGCUGCCUCCUUCCCCUCUUUCAUUGGUAUUCAGGUAGUACAGUCUUUGUGGAGGACAGAGGGGAGAGAGAGAGGGCGAGAGGGAGAGAUUUACAGAGCAGAGGUAAAGGCAAUACAAGCACAGCAAGACGGGCGAGCGGAGAGGGACAGACGGGUUGAGGGAAAAAGAGACAGAAAGUGGACCGACUGCAAGCUAAGGGUGAUUCUGAGUUGGAGGGAAGUGGGUGUGAAAGUGCCACAAGGGUCUGUGGGUUCUGGACGGUGAGUGGGACUUUGGAUUUUAACCCAGCUGGAAUCAGCCAAACCCUGGACUGACGGCUCCGCUGUCUUCCCUCACCGGAGGACGUCCUGCGGAUACAAUACUGGCCUUUACUAGCGGGCGUGCGAGGGGUCUCUCUCCCCGCAGACAGACCGACGGACCGCUGGCGUGUGUGUGUGUACGUGUCUCUGCGUGCGAUUUCCCCCUAUGUCCUUCUUUUUGUGGCUGUGUGCGCACCAGGGCCCAGUAUAUGGAUAGAAGCUCUCUGUUUCAGCUCAUACAAGAGCAGCUGGACCCAGAGCAGACUGGUUUUAUAGCAGUGGAAAACUUCACCAGUCUAGCUGAGCACCAUGAGUUACAGCUGGACCCCAGUAAACUGGAGAUGCUGCUGGCGCUGGUACAGAGCAAUGAACACGGACACGUCUGCUACCAGGAACUCAUAGAACUGCUGAACAGUAAACGUUCCAGUAGUUUCCGCCGAGCUAUUGCAAAUGGGCGUCGCACUCUGCAGCGAGAGAUCCUAUUGGAUGAGACGGGGCUGGGCGUGUACAAGCGCUUCGUGCGCUACGUGGCUUAUGAGAUUCUGCCAUGCGAGACGGACCGCCGGUGGUACUUCCAUCAGAGCAGACUCUGCCCUCCUCCUGUGUUCAUGGCCAUCCUUACCAUCGUACAGAUCAUAGUGUUCAUGUGUUACGGCGUGAUGCUCAAUAAAUGGGUGUUGCAAACCUACCAGCCGGAUUUCAUGAAGAGUCCGCUGGUGUAUCAUCCCGGACACCGCGCACAAAUCUGGAGGUUCUUCAGCUAUAUGUUCAUGCAUGUUGGGUUAGAGCAGUUGGGUUUCAAUGCUCUUCUCCAGCUGAUGAUUGGAGUUCCUCUGGAGAUGGUUCAUGGGAUCCUGAGGAUCAGUCUGCUGUAUAUGGCAGGAGUCAUCGCUGGUUCUCUGACGGUGUCCAUCACAGAUAUGCGCGCUCCGGUGGUGGGCGGGUCCGGCGGGGUCUAUGCACUCUGCUCAGCACAUCUCGCCAACGUUGUCAUGAACUGGGCCGGUAUGAAGUGUCCAUACAAAUUGCUACGGAUGAUUCUUGCACUUGUUUGCAUGAGUUCAGAGGUGGGCCGUGCCGUAUGGCUGCGUUUCUCCCCGCCCCUCCCCUCCUCCGGACCGCAGCCCAGCUUCAUGGCUCAUCUGUCGGGCGCAGUGGUGGGCAUCAGCAUGGGGCUGCUGAUCUUGCGGAGCUAUGAGGAGUCUCUGCAUAAACAGUGCUCCUGGUGGUGGGUCCUCAUCUUCUCCUUCAUCACCUUCCUCCUCUUCGCCAUCUUCUGGAACAUUUUCGCUUACGAGCUGCUCGGGGUACAGAUCCCGCCCCCUCCCUGAUGACACGCCCCCCUGUGGUGGCCCCAAAAAGCCACGCCCCCCUGUCCAACACAGGUCCGACCUCAGUCUACUCCACUCGACCAGCAGUGGAGACACGGACGUAAAAACCGGAAGGAAGGAUUUCAGCGGUGUGAAACGAUAACACAUACUCACAUUCCAUACAGAAGCAGCGAACACAAACAGCGUGGUAUUUAUAAUGAACACUCGGAGGCAGCUCAAGGGUCCGGCGAGCUUAUCUGAACAGACCGUCAGUACGCCGUACACUAGAAACACACACACACACACGUACAUCAGAUUUGUUGUGUAUUUCAGCCCGAGGCUCCUUCAUGAUGCCUCUCUGUAUUGUUUUGAUUUGUCAGCCUCAUCUAAGCCUGUUAUUCAUUACAGAUAGCAUCUGUAGUAGAUGAAACACCGUCACUUGAACCGGGAAUCUCGCUGGCUAAAAACAAAGCCUUAACGCUUGGAGACACGGCGAGGUAGUCCUCAGUGAGGUGGGGGGGUGAUGUCAUUUGAUGCUGUUUGUUUUUGGAUAAUUACGGAUUCGGUGAAAGGAGGUAAAACUUGUUUCGAAGGGUAGAAAGUAUGUUUCUGAAGCUGUUUCUUGCUUUACUUUGUUCACAUAAACAGAAACAUUAGCUCUGUUCCAAAUCAUAGUGGGCUUUCUGUGAAAGCAGCAUGCUGUAGGCGUGCAUUAUGUUGCCUUCUAAGAUAACUACUUUUUGCCAAAUGUGAAUACAGAAUUUUCAUAUAAAAAAAUCAUAAAAAUCCAU